AUGCUACCUACCCGGGGUGCUACCUACCCGGAGUGCUACCUACCGGAAUGCUACCUGCCGGAGUGCUACUACCCGAGGUGCUACCGGAGUGCUACCUGCGGGGUGCUACCUGCGGAAUGCUACCUACCGGGGUGCUACCUGCAGGUGCUACCUGCAGGUGCUACCACAGGUGCUACCUGCAGGUGCUACCUGCAGGUGCUACCUGCGGAGUGCUACCUACCCGGUGCUACCUGCAGAGUGCUACUACAGAGUACUACCUACCCAGGUGCUACCUGCCGGGGUGCUACCCCUGCAGGUGCUACCUACGGGGUGCUACCUGCCCGGAGUGCUGCACCCGAGUGCUACCUGCGGGUGCUACCUACCGGGUGCUGCCUGCGGAGUGCUACCUACCGGGAGUGCUGCCACCCGGGUGCUGCAGAAUGCUACCUGCCAAGGUGCUACCUACCCAGUGCUACCUGCCGGAGUGCUACCACGAGGUGCUGCCCGAGGUGCUACCCUGCCGGGUGCUGCCUGCCCGGGGUUGCUGCCUGCAGUGCUACUUACUGCACCCGGGUGCUACCCGGAGUGCUACCUGCCGGAGUGCUACCUGCCAGGUGCUACCUACCCGGAGUGCUACCUGCCGGAGUGCUACCUACGGAGUGCUACCUACCCGAGUGCUGCAGGGUACUACCUCAGAAUGCUACCCAUGCCGGAGGUGCUACUCCUGCAGGUGCUACCUGCCGGGUGCUACCUACCCGGAGUGCUACCUACCGGGUGCUACUGCCCGGAGUGCUACCUACCGGGAGUGCUACCUGCCAGUGCUACCCUACCCGGAGUGCCUGCGGAGUGCUACCUGCGAGUGCUACCGGGUGCUACCUGCCCGAGUGCUACCUACCAGAAUGCUACCUGCAGGUGCUACCUGCGGAGUGCUACCUACCCGGGGUGCUACCUACCCGGAAUGCUACCUACCCGGAGUGCUACCUACCCGGGGUGCUACCUACCCGGGGUGCUACCUACCCGGAGUGCUACCUACCCGGGGUGCUACCUACCCGGAGUCGGUAA